AUGAACCUUUCCGACUUGCGCAUUCUAUUCGAUUGUGUUUGGGGUGAUUUGCGACCUGGAGAUGGGCAUCUUCCAAGGCUUAAGAAAGAGCUCACAUUAUACCAGAAACUGGCGGGUUAUUUCUGGCAGAUCGUGGAGCUGGUGGAUCCGACAUUAUUUUUCCCUAAGAGAUUUCCUCUGGCAUUUGAUCGAAUGUUUCUUAGUCUUCCCACAAGCUCUGUCAUCCGCGCUGCCGACAGAAAGGAUCCUUUCGCUUCAUUUCAAGGAGAUGUAAGCCUUGAAGAUCCGGCCCUGGCCAAAGAAUAUGAGUUGAGUUGUUUAUUGGCUCAUGUGCAAUGGCAGAGCGCUAUUGAAAGUGGAAUCUCUCCUCUAAAGCGCUAUAUUAGCCCAUUUCCUGAACAACCUGUCGAAAAUACUACUGUCACUAUUUGGCGGGAAAAGAAGGGAAACGAAUGGAGUACUAAGACUAUGGGCGCUAGCAUGUUCCUUGUCGCAGGAACUCUGGCACCAGAACUAGGUAUGGGAGCGGAACCUCAAUUCGUUUCUUCUAUACACCUUCUCUGGGAGAAGGAUUACCUUCAAGUAGUUUGGGAGACAAGUAUCGGUUCAUUGAUCAGUACAUGGGCGAUUGUGGGAAAUUUUAUCUGGAGCGGCGUAGCCGAUGCUGGCUUGUUACAAGCUCUGUUGGAUCUGCCCGAGGGCCCCGGAUCCGAUACACUAACACAGUUCACAGUCGACAAACUCCACCGAAUGUGGCAGAAGAGAUUCAGCAAAAGGGGGGGGACUAGUAUCUUUUCCACCCCUAAGUUCGGUCGCGUACAACAAAGCAUCUUCGACAAAUGGAACUUUAGGACUAAGCCCACGAGCGUUCCAAUACAACUGUGCGAUACUCACGACAACUUCAAACUGGUAGAUACCAGACUGGAUGAUUUUCCUCUUGGAUCUGACUAUGCAGCAAUCUCUUACACCUGGGGGGACUGGACGGACAAAAAUGAACUCCACUUAGAAAUCUUGGAAGUGGUGAAAGAGAUAGGCACUCGAUACGCGUGGGUCGACGCUUGGUGUAUAAACAACGAUACGAGGGCAGAUGAGAUACCCAGGAUGGGCGAAUAUUAUGCGAAUGCCUCAGUCGUUAUCGUUUUAUUGCCCGACGUGGCUAAACGCACAGCUUAUACAAAUCUUACACAUGGUGCGCCUUUCAACUUACGCAAAGCUCGGGCGGACGAUGGAGCUCUAGGGCAAGCCAUUUUGAGGAGUACUUGGCGGUCACGGGUCUGGACGCUUCAAGAAGGUUUAUUGGCACAGAAUUGCAUUGGCAAAACUCGUGACCAGAUGCUUGACGGUGAAUAUCUCGAUCAUCUACUACACUUCCCCGAACAUUGCAUGUUUGCUCAAUACGCCAGCCUAGGCCACACACACUCAUUGCACUCUCCGGUCACCAAUGUUCGGGGCUAUUGGAAAGAAGACUGGCAUACGGGGAGCCAGAGCGCCGUGAGUGGCGCACAUAAGGCAAGCUUGCUCGAGGUUCUGAAAAUGGGUAAUGGACGCCGAUGCAAGGUGCCUCUUGAUUCCUUGAUCGGUCUACUGGGUCUUGUUGACGGUCCCACCCUACCUCCGAUGAGUGCUGAAACGGCACAAUGGAGUUCUUUAUGGACGACGCUGAUUCGAUCUGGUACAGUAGGAAUUGAUGUGCUCCGUGUUGCUAGCGCAUGUCAGGAAACGGAGAUCGGAGGAAUUGAUGGCGAGAUGCAAGCUCAGAGUAUCAAUGUAACGGAUCAUGGCCUUGAGGUGAUGGGCACACCCGUCGAGGUAAUUAUUGGUGAAAAAUCCGAACAAGGGCUCAGACAAAUCCCGAACCAAAGAGAUAUCGCCAUUGUAGUGGAUCAUGGGAAUGAGAUCAAAACCCACGGGCAGGUAUCUGCCAGUGCGGGAGACAAAUUCAUUGGCAUCAUUCUUGAAUCUCAACCAGGUGACAAAGGGGUUACAGUCCUGCUUGGAGAAUGGACAGAUAGUAUUAGAGAUACACGAUUGUUUUAUAGGCAUACUUCUGUGAAUGUAGUCAGGGUACUAAAACUAGUAAGAGCAGUACAAGCAGUACAGCAGAUUCAGAUUACUAUUGGAUUGUCCUAG